CGAGUCUUGCGCGGUUGAUUCAAAAUCUUAAUCGUAUUCCUACUUCCAUUUGGUACGCAGAUCUGGCCAAAGUAAAUUUACCAGGCUAAAUUCUGUCUUGCCUCUUGGCCCUUGCUGAAGACCUUAACGUGUCAGAGGAUUACACACCAGAGCGUACAUUCAAGUGUGACGGUUCAAGUCUUAACAUUGACUUUCUAAAAUUGGUUAUUGAAUAAUAUAUUUUAUAUUGGUUUAAAAGAAGAGAUCUCUUCACUUCACUAACACACAAUGGCAUCUGGCUCCAGUUUUUCUGGUGGAGACUUCAGACGCAAGUGGGACAGAGAUCAAUAUGAAGAGCUUGCUAGGAAGCGGCUGCGUGCAGAGCAAUGUGAAGCAUUAGGCUAUGAAGCAAGAAGAGCCCCUGUAAAGCGUGAGACGCUCAAGCAGCGAGACUACAACAUUGACCUCAACUCCAGGCUUGGCAAGAGUCAGUUUAUCACAAGAGCAACUCCAACAUCUCAGUCUGCAGGAUAUUACUGCAAUGUAUGUGACUGCGUCGUUAAAGAAUCCAUCAAUUUCCUUGAUCACAUCAAUGGCAUAAAACAUCAGAGAAAGCUUGGAAUGUCUAUGGAAGUGGAGCGUUCCUCUCUGGACCAGGUCAAAAAACGUUUUGAAAUGAAUAAGAGAAAAAUGGAAGAGAAGGAGCAGCAGUACGAUGUAGAGCAGCGAUUAAAUUAA